GGUGUGUGGCGUUGAAAACAAGCGUACAAGCUGGGUAAAGGAACCGAAUUAUAAGAAAAGAGGCACACAUAAAGAAGUGAUUACAGACACCAAACUUGCAAGCAAACACACCAUUUCAAGCAUCUUUCGGACAGAUUCUUCUUCUUCAUCAUCAAAGUUUGAAUCUUUCUGCGUCUGUCGAAGUUGGGUACCCUCCGGGCGGCGAGAUUGAGAAAUUUCGAUCGGCGAAAAAGAAAGAUGGUGAUGCGGACGGAAGCUAGGGUUAGUGUAGCAAGCUCAGGUCAAAGCGUCGUCGGUAACAAAGCAGCCUCCACCUCUCAUCGUCUAACUCAGGAUCAGAGAUCUCAUAUCGAAUCUGCUUCUCAGCUCUUAGCCGGAGGUAUCGCCGGAGCUUUUAGCAAAACCUGCACCGCCCCUCUCUCUCGCCUCACCAUCCUCUUCCAGGUGCAAGGAAUGCACACAAAUGCAGCAGCGUUAAAAAAACCGAGCAUAUUACACGAGGCUUCACGGAUAUUGAAUGAAGAAGGUCUCAAGGCUUUCUGGAAAGGGAACCUUGUCACCAUCGCUCACCGCCUUCCUUAUUCUUCUGUCAAUUUCUACACUUAUGAACACUACAAGAAGUUCUUGUAUAUGGUAACUGGGAUGGAAAAUCGACACAGGGAGAGUAUAAGCUCAAACGUUUUUGUGCAUUUUGUAGCCGGUGGUUUGGCUGGUAUCACUGCUGCUUCUGCUACUUACCCACUUGACCUUGUUAGGACUCGUCUUGCUGCUCAGACAAAUGUAAUAUACUACACGGGUAUCUGGCAUACUCUUCGCACUAUCAGCACCGAUGAAGGUAUCUUAGGACUCUACAAGGGACUUGGAACAACGCUUGUGGGUGUUGGGCCUAGUAUUGCUAUUAGCUUUUCUGCGUAUGAAUCUUUGAGAUCUUAUUGGAUGUCAAGCAGGCCUCAUGAUUCUCCUGUUGUGGUCAGUCUAGCUUGUGGAAGUCUUUCAGGCAUAGCAUCUUCAACUGCUACGUUUCCAUUGGAUCUGGUGAGAAGAAGGAAGCAGCUAGAAGGAAUUGGUGGGCGAGCGGUUGUGUACAAGACGGGUUUGUUAGGGACAUUGAAGCGUAUUGUUAAGACGGAAGGAGUGAGAGGUUUGUACAGAGGGAUUCUUCCCGAGUACUACAAAGUGGUUCCUGGUGUUGGGAUUUGCUUCAUGACCUACGAGACACUCAAGCUUUACUUCAUGGAUCUUUCCUCAAAGCUAUAGACUCUGUUUUUAUGUUGUAGAAUUCUUAGGUUAUUUUUGGUGAAAAGACAAAACUGUAAAAGCAGAGGGUGGAGGAUAAUAUAAGAAACUACAGUAGAAAUUUAUAUGUAUUUUGGAUUAUAUCCAGUGAGAUUAGAUGAUACUGACUUAAUUUUUGCAAAGAAUAUGAUGUUUCUUUUAUUAGAAGAGACAGUAUAUGGUAGGAGUUGUUUGGUCUUCUUGUUUAAUUUCUCAGUGGAAUUUGAUUUAUUGUUUUUUGAUGAAA